GUUAGUUUCUUGAGAGAAAGAAAGAAGGGUUGCGUUGUUCGACUCUGGUUCGAUCGUUCGUCGCCAUUUUGAAGACUUGGAAGAAGCAGCGUAGAGGAUAAAUUACUCGGCAAACCUUUUGAAGUUUUUAUUAGAUUAAUAAUUUUUCAUCGAUUUACGACGCAAUGUCUCGAUUUAACAACAACCGUGGCGGUUUUGGGAUGAAUAACUUCCAACAACGCAGAGGCGGAGGUCCCGGAGGCCCGAUGCGUGGUGGGAUGAUGGGGAACGCGCAGUUCCGAAGCCACCCUUUUCAGAAUCCGAACCAGAAUCGGAGAGGAACCAACAAUUUCAACAGACCGCAAAACCAGGGAGACCAGAACACGCAACUUAAGCAGCAGCAAAACCAAGCGAGGCCCAUUGUGCCCGCACCGAGUCCCGGCCAGGCCCCGACGAUAAAAGGCCUGAUGGACCAGGAGCUGAAACCGAACCCCCCAGCGUCCCAGCCGAAGGUGCAGACUCCGCCGCCAAAAACUGCCGCGGCGACCCCUCCGGUUAACCAGAACCAGGGAACCCAGAACCAACUGAAGCCACCGGCCGGAAAUGCAAACGAGAAGAAGGACUCGUCGCAGCAGAGCCCGAAACCACCUGGUCCUCAGCAGCAGGGCCCAAAGCCUGCUACUCCCCAACAGGGCCAGAAACCUGCUGCUGGUCCCCAACAGGGCCAGAAACCUGCUGCUGGUCCCCAACAGGGCCAGAAACCUGCUGCUGGUCCCCAACAGGGCCAGAAACCUGCUGUUCCCCAACAGGGCCAGAAACCUGCUGCUGGUCCCCAACAGGUCCAGAAACCUGCUGUUCCCCAACAGGGCCAGAAACCUGCUGCUAGUCCCCAACAGGGCCAGAAACCUGCUGCUAGUCCCCAACAGGGCCAGAAACCGGCUGCUGGUCCCCAACAGGGUCAGACACCUGGCGGUGCUGGAUCCCAGCAGGCCCAGAAACCUGGCGGUGCUGGACCCCAGCAGGCCCAGAAACCUGGCGGUACUGGACCCCAGCAGGGCCAGAGACUCGGAGGCGGUGGACCCCAGCAGGGUCAGAACCCAGGUAGUGUUGGAUCCCAGCAAGGCCCGAAGUCUGGUCCUCAGCAGAGCCCCACGCCCGGACCCCAGCAGAACCAGAGGCCCGGACCCCAGCAGAACCAGAGGCCCGGACCCCAGCAGAACCAGAGGCCCGGUCCCCAGCAGAACCAGAGGCCCGGUCCUCAGCAGAACCAGAGGCCCGGUCCCCAGCAGGGCCAGAGAUCUUUCCCCCAACAGACCCAGCAGCCAGACCUGAAUAAAGAACAGGCCGAUAUGAGCUGUGCUACAGAGUCAGACGACAAACAAGUAAAGGGUUUCACAGCUCCUCUGUCCAUGCUGCUGAAGCCUGGAGAGAAGGCCUACACUCAACGGUGCCGUUUGUUUGUUGGAAACCUGCCGAGCGACAUCACCGAGGACAUUCUCAGGAGGAUGUUUGCAAAAUAUGGAGAGCCAUCUGAGGUCUUCAUCAACAAAGGAAAAGGCUUUGGAUUCAUCCGACUGGAAUCUCGAGCACUAGCAGAUAUCGCGAAGACGGAGAUGGACGACACACCAAUGCGAGGCAGACCUUUGCGUGUUCGAUUUGCCACACACUCUGCUGCUCUGUCCGUGAAGAACCUGUCUCCAUAUGUUUCCAACGAGCUCCUAGAGGAGGCUUUCUCACAGUUCGGGAUGAUAGAGAGGGCUAUUGUUGUUGUUGAUGAUCGUGGGCGCUCCACAGGCAAGGGUAUUGUUGAGUUUGCUUCCAGAAUAGCUGCCAAAAAGGCCCUGGAUCGUUGCAACGAAGGAGUCCUCCUCCUCACAGCGUCUCCUCGUCCUGUAAUUGUUGAGCCUCUGGAGCAGUUUGACUGUGAUGAUGGUCUUCCAGAGAAACUGGCACUGAAGAACCAUAAGUACCAAAUAGAACGUGAACAACCACCUCGCUUCGCCCGUCCUGGCACUUUCGAGUUUGAGUAUUCCAAACGCUGGAAGUCUCUGGAUGAAAUGGAGAAGCAGCAGAGGGAGCAGGUGGAGAAGAACAUGCGUGAGGCCCGUGAGAAGCUGGACAGUGAAAUGGAAGAUGCUUACCACGAGCACCAGGCUAAUAUGCUCCGACAGGAACUGCUGAGGCGACAAGAAGAACUGAGGCACAUGGAGGAGAUUCACAAUCAAGAGAUGCAGAAGAGGAAGGAAAUGCAGCUGAGGCAAGAGGAAGAACGGCGCAUACGGGAAGAGGAGAUGCUUCGAAAGAGAGAACUGGAGGAAGAGCUACGCCGCCAGCGUGAAGAGAGCUACAUGAUGGGCAACUUCAUGGAAAGGGAAUUGAGAAUGCACACCGGUGGAACUUUGGGCAUGGAGGAUAUGGCCUUUGGAGGAGCCACCCAGCAGUUCUCAAUGCCUGGGCUAAGCUUUGAGGGUCAGACGGUGUUGGGAUCUUCACCUGGAAGCCUGAUUAGCAACGAAAUGCGCAACGAGCGCUUCAGCCAGAGUGGUUCUAGGGGGAUGGUUGCAGGUACCUCUGGGUUUAGCAGGGUCCGCGAGGAGUUCGAAGGUCCCCUAAAGAAGCCCCGUUUUUAAAAGCUGCUCCUUGAUUCUUCUGGCAGCACAUCUGUGUAGAUACUCAAGACAAACAUUGAGUCUUACUACUUGUAUUUAAGUUGAAACUGUUCCAGCAUUUUAGUCACUCAGUUGACUGGUUUUAUAAUUGAGUCAAAUUUUUUUCAUUUUAUUUAGUAUUGUCAUUAGCGUAGGCCGAGGUCACCAAGUUGUGAUCCAGUAGUUCUUUUCUGACCAUGUAUCCUUUCUGUUUCUAGAUGUAUUAUGCUCUGUGAAUCGUCGUGAAGUGAAAACUGUAACUUUCUCAUCCUUUAUGGCUGUGUUUUGUGCCAUACGUUUUUGGAGCUGAAGCAUGAAUAAAAUAAAGGCACACUGGUUCCAUCUGAACAAACUUUUAACAUUUAUUCCUUACGUUUAACCAACCGUUCACAAUCCACUCCGAUCCCACGACGGGCCGUUGUCUCACAGAACAAAUCGAGUCUUUGAGUGCAGUUUGAAUCGGUUCUCAACUUCAGCAACAUGUGCAACACAAUCUACAAACCACAGCUCAAACUAAACGGGUCAGUGAAGCUCUAAAAAUCUUAAGUCAUUUUGUUAUAAUUCUCUCUGA